CUCCUUUAGUUGACGCACAGAAGCUGAGAAGCUUCAGCCGUCUAAACGCAAACAAAGAAGCCGAGCACUCGCUGGAACACAAACGGCCUCCGCGUCUGAGCUUCAUUCAUCCACUCGGCCUCUCUCUCUUUCUCCCCAAGCUCAUCUCCCCUCAGAGACGAUGAGCGUGCAGUCGAGCCCUGGCACUGUUUGUGAUGGACUCCAUCAUGCUGGGAUGGCCAGGCUUUGACAGUGAGUGAGCAGCAUUAGCUGUCAGUGUUCUGGAACUAGCUAAUUCAGGAUUUGGGAAGAGAAAGGGAUUGUCUGCUUGAUGAUUUGGUGUGAAACCUUCAUGUUUCUCCUUUUGUUUGCCUCAGUAGUUGUCAGAAGACUAAGACAUGACGGCUUACCCCUGGUCAUCAGCUUUUGCUUUGCUGGUCCUCGCUCAACUGAAGGGACACGGUGUGGAUGGAGAAGGGCCGUCCUGUGCUGAGAUUCACACUGCAACACCACUCGUGCAGUUUGGCUCCGCGGUGUCUGCCUCUUGCCUCAUCACUGAGGACUGUCCCCUGGCUAAAGACACCGAGUUUGAUGUGAGAUGGCAUCACAACAACGAGUUGGUCCAGGGCACAAUCACUACAAACGCUAGCAGGCGGGCCUCUCAGAUAUUCAUCAGCAACUUCUCCGAGCCCAGCAGACUUCUCACCUGCUACAUAUGCCAAGGGGGCUGCCAGGUGGUGGCAGGACUAGUGAUCAGAGCAGGGUUCCCGCCAUCAUGUCCCCAGAACCUGAGCUGCCAAACGAAUCUCACCAAACCAGAAACACUGCACUGCAGCUGGACUCCCGGAUCUGACACACUCAUUCCCACCAACUAUUCCUUUCACCUUGUUAACAUGAGAAGUCUGCAGAUGACGAACUAUUCCAUCCCACCUGGAGUGAACCACAUAAGCAUUCCACGGACGGAGUUCCUGUUAUAUAGUGAGAUGCAGGUGUUUGUGAAGGUGCAGAAUUCUUUGGGCCAGGCUACCUCACAGCCCCUAACAUUCAUACCUAUGGAGAAAGCAAAGCUAGACAUGCCAAGGAUUAAGAGAGUGAAGCCCGAACCAGGCAAAUAUGGCUGCUUAAUACACAGCUGGAGUCUCAGUGACGAUCAGGCCUGGGUGAUGUCAAAACUGGAUAUCGAGCUACAUUUGAAACCAGUGGACAACACAGUAACAGAUGAAGAAAAGGCUCUGGUCCGGAAAAGGAACAAACGAAAUGUGGUGCAGUGUGAUCUGCUGCAUGGGACAGAGUACCAGGCCCAGAUGAGGGUCCGAUACCAACAGAGCAGCCCCUGGAGCGAAUGGAGCAACCAGGCUAGAGGGACCACACUGGAGAAAGCUCCUACAGGAUAUCUGGACACCUGGCUGAAGGUGACACCGGGUCAACACUACAACACAGCAGAACUGGUCUGGAAGCCCUCCAAGCAGUUCCGAGCCAAUGGCAAGAAUGUGUCCUACGUUGUCUCCCUGAAAAAGACGUCAGCAAGGAGGUGUUUCACACAGGGAAACCACUGCACCUUCAAGAUAUCCAAGGCAGCCCAAAAAGUGUACCUAAAAGCGGUGAAUGCUGUCGGGAAAUCCAGACCCACUGAAGUCCCUGUGUAUUCCAAAAUAGCCCUUAAGCAGGCCUGUUCCUUGAGUGUCCGACCAGAUGGUGAUUCAGCCCUACUUGUGCAUUGGGGCAGCCCACCCGACUCCUCUCCUAUUGGCUAUGUCUUAGAGUGCAGGCAGCAGCACGACUCAAACUCCUUUUUCAUCUCCUUUCAUCUGUUGGACAGAAAUCAAUCCAGCGCCUUAUUGGCAGAUGGCAUUGAGCCGUACAUACCUUAUAAUAUCUCUGUGUACCCAAAGUAUGAGGAGGGUGUGGGUCCUCCCUGCACUGAAGUGGCCUAUUCCAAGCAGAAAGCCCCUUCCAUAGCUCCCACAAUAAAGUUCCUUGUCAUCUCGGAUUCCCAUACUGAGCUUUCCUGGGAUGACAUUCCAGUGAGCAAAAGAAAUGGCAUCAUUCAAGGCUACCGUGUUUAUUAUGAGGACGAGGAUGGCAAUAUGGAGAUGAGAGAAGCCACAGAAAGACGUGUAGUCCUGAGAGACCUCAAGCCCCAUACAAGGUACAAAGCCCUCCUCAUGGUCAGCACUUCUGGUGGCAGUUUGAACGGAUCCGUUGAGACCCUUCAGACAGGUUCAGUGGAUGCAUUGGGAAUCGUUCUGAUUGGCAUCCCUACAUGUGUUGGGAUAACUCUGGUCUUCAUCAUCAUCUUGCUGACCACUUUAACAAAGCAUGAAUGGCUGAAGAGGUUCUUGUGGCCUAAAAUUCCAGACCCAGCCAACAGCAGCAUCAGGAAAUGGAGCACAACUGAAUUACUACAGGAUUGUCCACCCCAGAGGGACUCUAUGGAACCUGUGUUGGUAUUUCUCUCCCAUUUUAGCGUUGUCGACUUGACUGAUAAAGAGGUGGACAAACUCGUCCAGACAAACAAGGACCACUGGCUGCGCCACGAGAGGGACUCCGACCUGUACUCCUGUGGCUCCAGCCAACCCCCCAGUCCCUUCGGCUCGGACAGCACCAGUGAGCCUGUCCCGUACGCCACGCUGGUUUUCUCAGGGCCUUACCAAAGCCAGCCCCCUCCCCCAGCCUAUCUUCGCUCGGAGUCCACUCAGCCCCUGCUGGAGGAGGAGGAGCCCCCGAGCCCCACUCCCUUUGGCUGUGUGAGGCCUUACGAGAAUGUAGCCACCCAGGGGAAAGACGAGGAGCACAUCUUCAGUGAGUGUGACGAGACUGCUGGGGUGGACGGAACUCGACACCAGCGGUGGGAGGACUUCCCACUUCUUAACUCUUUAGCAGUAAAGGAUGUGCAGUGAUGGAGAGCGUUGUGAUGUGAGCCACAGCCUUCAGAGUGAAGUAAAACUGAUAAAACUAUGAGUAAUAUAUUACAUCAUUCUCGAGAAAUUGUCAAGAGUUAAGAUCUGAAGAAAAAGAGACUGAUUGAUGUUAAAGGUGCCAUAAGCGAUGUAACAUGGUUUCUUAUGGCUCGUUCUAUUUGUCUUUUCAAGUGUUUUUCCGAGCUGUUUUCGGUUCAAACUUGCAAAGGAAACGCCCUCUGAAGUCCAAACACGACUCGUCAACUCGGUCUAGCCCAGAUUACUACGAGUUUGAUUUUGAGCCUUAUAUGCUCUGUUUAUUUAGCCUGACGAGCCAGACCCACAUUAGAAUGUAGGGUCUGGGCACUCACCGUUCGCAGCGCUCAGUCCGAGGGGCGGGAUAAUCGGUUGUCUUUCAAAUUCCCUCUGUACGCAAUAGGAC